AUGGCAUGGGUACGCCCGAAACAUCCCAAGCGCAAAGAAGUCGUCGACCCUACCGAUUCUCUCCGCCCUGUCCUCGAAUAUUUCAGCUGUAGCCGACCUAGUGUCUCCAACUCCAACAACAAAGAACUCUCGAGAAUCCCCAGGAAACCGCUCUUACUACACGACUCGUACGAACCGAGGCCCCAGACACAUCAUUAUGACGAAUCGGAACAUCAUCACAAACCAGAUCAUCACCAGCAAGAAGCGGAGCAUCACCCAAGGGUAGAGCAUCACCCACGGUCAGAGCAUCACCCACGGUCAGAGCAUCACCCACGGUCAGAGCAUCACCCACGGUCAGAGCAUCACCCACGGUCAGAGCGUCACCAAAGACUAGAGCACCACCAAAGACUAGAGCACCACCAAAGAGCAGAUCAUCAUGUGAUGGACUAUGAUAGAGCAGACUACCACGAAAGAGCAAGCCAGCGAUCCGCAUCCCAGUACACGAGAGAGAUCUCACCAUCACCACCACCGUUGCCAACUUACCGGUCGAACGCCAGACCUGGCGCACAUCUUCGACUAAUGCCUUCUCGACACCACAUCAUAGCAGACACAUACAGUUCCAGAAGGCCAGCGUCGCGGUGGGCGAGUGCGACGACGCCACUUGAGAUGUAA